UUUUAUGAUCGCAUUUUUUGUUUUAUUUAAUUUAUGUGUACAUUAACGUUUUAUGUUUUGUUAUGUUGUUUUGUGGGAGACAUAAUACUUCGCCCAUCUACACACACACGCACCAGUGCGUUCCCCCAGAGUAACAUUUUGUUUGGGCCACUUCAGCCGCGCAAAAAUCGGUCGCACGAUCGCACAUGAUGAUGAUGAUGCAAGCGAAUCGGGUCCGAUGAGCCGGCGAAUUAAUAUUCUACAAACGAAAUGGAACCCACUCCGUGAAGCCCCUCCUCCUACCUUUCCCCGUCUUGAUCUUGAUGGUGAUGAAUUCGUACGAGAUCUUAACGAAAGCGCAAGUGAUAUCGCGGGCUCGGUUGGAGUUGGCUGAGAAUAAGCGCAAAAGCGACGAACCCCGUUGCCGUACGGUCGAAGAAAGCGUAAGGAGUUGUCGGAGCCCCGGCGUUGAGACAAAUGCAAAGCCACUAAAUUUGAUGUCAUCGCCGCGUGUGUGUACGGUGACUCUUCAGACAGCCACAAAAAACGUCAUCCAAAUAAACACCACCUUCUUUUUCGUUUUAUUUCAGGGAAUAGAAAACGAAAACAGAAACUAGCUUGUUUUUGGCUUCUGUAAAAUUAAUGCGCAUGGGACAAGACAACACCAAAAAAAAGUCAACCCUUUACACUUUGCUCCCUUCCAGAAGCAUGCGCGGCUCACCACGCACCACGAAGUAAAAGUAAAUCUUUGUGAUGUUUAGGGCCAAAACAAACACACUGCGACUGCUAGUAGUUCGCACUUCCGACGCAACCCGAUGCAGGGAAGAUGCCUGAUUGCUUUUUGUGCGGUAAUUACUCGCUUCACGGUCUCUUACAACGAUCGCCCUACAACGCCAUCGUAAAGCAUAAACUCGCGCCCGCGCGCUGCCUACUCGAUAGCUCUUGUCGGUGGCUUCGGUUGGUAUGGGGGAAGUGGCAAGUGUCACCGAAAAACGAUGCCAUCGCCAGACGAUUACAAAAGGUGCGAUAAGAAAUGGGCGGAAGGCCGGAAGAUUGGUGUUUCGCUUCCGUAUGAAACACCGCUGGGGUGGAAAGCGUAACCAUAGGAACGGUUCCAUCAACGAGUGUCUGAUGGAAAAUGUCUCUUUCUACAGGCUAAUGAAGGUGUACACAAUGCGCAAGAAGUAGGAUGGGACGGAAAAGUGUCGACUGUUGUUUAAAAAAAAAAGCGCGCCGCGCUAGGGUGCGUCUGAAGAUUGCGCUCCGACAAGUAAGUCACGCGGCCAUAUCGACAGCCAUGAAUUAAAUCCUCUCACACGUAUGGCGUACGCGUCCCCGCGUUUUGCAUGCAUGCGUGUGCGCCUGUGCGCGUUCGACGCCAGAAGGCCAUGGAUGUGACCGCUUUGUGGCCCGAAUUGCCGAUGCGCUGGUGACAGUUUAGUUGUGGCGGUGUCCACGGUACGCUGUGUGUUGUUUUGUCUGUGGUGCGAUGGGCUCGGCUCGCAGGUUGCAGUGAAGUGUGUUCUUUCCAUCCAAAGUGACUGUUUAGUGUAGAGUGUUGCAGAAAAAGGGCGUCAGAACUUGGUUCGUGUAGUGAAAAUUAGUGACAAAAAAGGGAUGUGAAUGUUCACAUUAAAGAAGUGCGCGUGUGUGUGUGACUACUAGUGUACCAGUGGUUAAUAAGCGGUUGAAGAAGAUAACUUUUCCAACAGCCCUUUUCUUCAGAAUGUUUAACGACCGAAAGCUCACCGGAACGGGCCACGGAUUCGUGAAGGCGUACAGUAACAACUGGCUGUCGCAGCUGGGUGCAGUGUACAGAUAUGAAUCACCGAAGGAUGUGCUGCGCAAACCGAACCACCAGCAUCGCAAGAUCGCACUGUACAGCAUACUGGCGAUGGCGUUCGUUGCCUUCUUUACGCUCUUCAUGAUCGUGCACGAAGCGGAACGCAAAUCGCGCAACCAGAUCUUGAUCGAGUCCAGCUUCACGAACGAAACUGCCAUCGAGCCGAGUGCGGGCGGGUACAACACCGUCCUAACGACUCCGCUCUCCUCGGGUAUUGCAGCGAACGAAACGAAACCAAUGAACGACGGCGAGGUAGAAGAAGGAUCCUCCAUGAAACGGACCCGUCGGCUACGGUACUACGGUGCGGAGCAGAAACCGACCGUCCGCCCGUCGGAGCUGGUCGGUCGCGAUCGGUUGGUGCUGCUGCCAGCACGCUUUCUGAAGCCACCGUUGCGUGCCCCCGAGUGGACAUCCUGGGAGGAAGCGAAAGAAAGCAAUUCCACCCAAGCCGCCGACGAGGCGGAACGUCGGCGGGAUGUUUUGAACGUCGAACCGAAACCCUUCCAGGUGGCACCGUUAAAUGGCCAACCGGUACCGAUCGGAUUCCAGCAACCGCGCGUCAAUCGAACGCCGAAAGCACUCGCGCCCAACGAUUGGACACCCUCGAACGUGCAGGACAUUGUGCGGCAGCUAACGCUGGCCAAGCGCAAGCAGCAGCAACAGCUUCAGCAGCAGCACCUACUCUACUACAACUACCCGUACGCUCCUCAGGCUCUUCAACCGGCCGAGUUUAACCACCCGGUGCAUCCGAACCAUCGCGUAAAGUUCAGCGGCAUCUAUCGCCAUCCACGGAAGGAGGGUGACAUCACCACGCUGUUUGGGGCGUCCUCUCAAAAGCCUCGCGAAGUGCAUCUGCAAGCACCGCAGCUCAUCAACCAGCAGCUGCAGCCCGAUCGGCUCUACAACUUCAAACCCUCCAACCCGAGCGAGGUGAAUCUGCUCGCGACGGAACAGUUUCGCUUUGCACCGGCCAGCCAGCCGACGCCCUCGGCCGACAGUGAGGAGUGGCCAACGCGUGGUAUGCCUUUCUCCGUUAUGCUUAACCUCGAACCGAUGCCAGUGGUUGGACUUGGUACGAAGGGCUUUGCGCAGCAGCAAAGGUAUCACCAACGGAAGCGCAUCCGCAACCCGUACCGCAAUCCAUACCGUCAACCGGCCUGGCCGGAGCAAACCUUUGCCCAACUGACGCCUUACCAGCAGCAGCAGCAGCGUGUAAGACCCUCCACAGCACAACCGUAUCGGGCAGUGCCGUUCGGACAGGCCGCUAGUGACGAGUACGAAGGUGGUGAGAACUACUUCCGCAAGGAGGGACGUGUACCACCGCGUAUCCCUCCCUUCUCCGCUCCCUUUAUCGCUCCGGGACGGUUGAUGGUACACUUCAACAUUUACCCUCGGCAUCAGGCGGUAUCGCAGGUGGCGAAUCGCAAAUCGAGCCACGAUUACAGUACGACACCGGCGACCGCUUCACUAGAAUCGCUGGAACUAAAUAGAGGAGAGGAAAGGCAUCAGCCACAGCCCGUGGCACAGCAGCCGCCCAGUGAAGUCGCUCCACCAACGCUGGCACCGGUCACCUCCACCGUGGAGGUGAUAAAAUCGAUCGAAAUUCCAACACAGAUCAACUUCGAUCAUGUCCCGCUGGGACGGAAUCCACCGCCCCCGCUGCCAUCGUUUAGCCGGUGGACGAGUGAUGAAUGGAGUGGCACUGGCCGGUGGACCGGUGGCGUACGGGCGUGAGGAAGGAUGCAUUUUCUUACAGUGCAAAGGGAAUGAUAGUAAUUAGGUUGGUAAGACGAUAUGAUAGGGUAGAGACACGAGGCUGGGAAUCAAGAAGCUUUAUGUUAGUUAAUGAUAAACCAAUGGAAUGCUUGUUUAACGUGGCAUUUAUAGGUCGCGUAGGUCCUUCGACGCUCUAGCGACGCGUAGGAUAGCGCGAAGGAUAGCAUGGCUCUUGUGCACUUUGGAGGACCUUUUGCACGCGUUAGUUGCCGAAAUAAAAAAUGUCCAUUUAACGAGGGAUAAUAUAAAAUUAUUCUAAGGUUAUCUGUUAACUAACAACAUGAACGAUAUGCAUUUUGCUAUAAAAUUCUGAUAGAAAACACAUUUGUCUAAAGGCAAGGGGAGAUGAGAUGUAAAAUGUGUUGCAUCAUAAAAUUCAAAAUAAAAUAGAAAAGGAAAACAUAUCGAACUCAA